AUGUCCUUUCUCAGCUAUUCUAGUCGGCGGCGCAACGUUGACGCUUUUGUUUCGUUGCGAACCGCCUUUCGAACAAGCAGACCCGCAGUCUCGCCUGUUUCGCCUAGAAUAUCUGACCGUCGACUUGUCCGAGCUGCCAGCGGCGUGGAUGAUCUCCAGGUCCCUGCCACGUGGACGAGUCCGGAAGUCGCACAACAAGAGGCUGAUUGGCUGCGGGAGAACCUAAAGGCAUGGCUGGACAAUGAGUACUGUCCGGAACCCGCCAACAUCGGAAUCAGCGAGCGAUGCGCCAAGGUCUACUACCGCUGCUUGCUAAAUCAAGAACGGGAGAUUUCACAGAUUCUUAUGCAGAUGGUGUAUGACUUGGAGAGCUUCUCAUUUAAGGAGAGCUUUCACGGGCCCUUUUCAUCAGCCAAUGCAGCAGUGGCACUCAUAUGCGAUAGAGCUGCCGCCAACAGCGACUAG